AUGAAGGCUUCUCUGAAAUCAGCUCUGGCUGUCGUUCUCAUCCUAGCUGUCCGUGCUGCUCCAGCUACAGUAGAUGCCCCCGCCGGCAUCCUCGUCGGACGAUCGGUUGGCUCCGUCGAGACUUUCUCUGGCAUACCCUAUGCAGAACCGCCCAUCGGCCCGCUUCGGUUGAGACCGCCUCAAAGACUCAACUCCUCCUUGGGUAACUUUGAUGCCACAGAGAACGCAGCCGCAUGCCCUCAGUUUCUCUUGUCCACCGACAGCCGGAACAUUCUUCUUGAUGUUGUUGGUUCAUUCCUUACACUACCGUUCUUCCAACCCAUCACCGGCCAAGAAGACUGCUUGACAGUGACAAUUCAGCGUCCGUCCGGCACACCAUCUGAUGCGAAACUUCCAGUCCUGUUUUGGAUAUUUGGGGGUGGCUUCGAGUUCGGCUCGACAUCUAUAUACAGCGGGGCAAGUUUUGUCCGCGAUGGAGCCGACAUGGACCGUCCCUUCAUCUUUGUUGGCGUCAACUAUCGACUGGGAGGCUUUGGGUUCUUGCCUGGCCAUGAAAUCCUGAAAGAUGGCGCAGCCAACUUGGGACUGUUGGAUCAACGUCAGGCUUUAGAAUGGGUUGCCCAAAACAUCGCUGCCUUUGGAGGCGACCCUGACAAAGUGACAAUCUGGGGCGAAUCAGCGGGCGCGAUAUCUGUUUUCGACCAGAUGGCACUGUAUGACGGCAACAACUCUUACCAGGGUCGACCACUGUUUCGAGGAGCCAUCAUGAACUCUGGCAGUGUUAUCCCAGCUGAUUCAGUUGACUGUCCCAAAGGCCAGAGAGUCUAUGAUGCUGUCGUGAAGUCAGCUGGUUGUGAAGGAUCGGCCAGUACCCUGGAUUGCCUGCGCAGCGUCGAUUACGAAACAUAUAUGCGUGCCGCAACGGCGGUACCAGGCAUCCUUUCAUACGAAGCUCUUGCUCUGUCCUAUGUUCCUAGACCAGACGGCACAGCACUGGUAGACAGCCCUGACAUCCAGGCAAAAGAAGGACGCUACGCCGCGGUGCCUAUGAUCAUCGGCAAUCAAGAAGAUGAGGGGACGUUAUUCGCACUCUUCCAGCCUUUGGUGUGGACAGCGUCACAACUGGUCAACUAUCUGUCAGAGUUGUACUUCCACAACGCCUCAAAAGCCCAGUUGACCACCCUCGUCAGCACUUAUGACAGUCGUAAUUCGGCAGGAAGUCCCUUUCGGACGGGGAUCUUCGAGAUCUAUCCUGGAUUCAAGCGUAGGGCUGCCAUCCUUGGAGACCUCGUCUUCACUCUGGCGCGCCGCUCGUUUCUAUCUGUAGCCAAAGAAAAGCACCCGGACGUCCCAGCUUGGUCGUAUUUGAGCAGUUACAAUUACGGCACUCCCGUGCUCGGUACAUUCCACGCUUCGGAUAUACUGCAGGUGUUUCUCGGGGUCUUUCCUACCUUUGCGCGGCAAAGCACUCGUUCUUACUAUCUCAACUUCCUCUACAACUUGGAUCCUAAUGUUGGAUUGGGCGGUUACGCGCAAUGGCCGGAAUGGAGUCAGGACCAGCGACUACUCUGGUUUAUGAGCGAUCGAACAGAAUACCUCAAAGAUGACUUUCGAAACGAGAGCUACAAGUUCAUCUACAACAAUAUGCAGUCUUUGAACUUCCGGGAUGACUUGGAUGUACUACCGCGGUGGUCUCUUUGA